GGUGUAGUCUUACAUUCCUUAUUUGGCCUCUGAGGAGAGCGGAGAGAGGGAGCGCUGGCGGGUGUCACCGGGGGAGAGGGAGGGAGAGAGGGAGCGAGGGAACGGCAGGCUCAGUGCGCUCAGGGCUUGGGUUACAGCACAUCGCAGGGUGAGAGGGAGACAAUGAGCACUUACUCCAUCACCCUGAGUGGGCCGGCGCCCUGGGGCUUCCGGCUGCAGGGGGGCAAAGACUUCAGCAUGCCCCUCACUGUGUCCCGGCUGACCCCGGGGGGAAAGGCGGCGCAGGCAGGUGUGGGCGUGGGAGACGCUGUGGUUUCCAUCUGCGACUCCAAAACUGAGGACAUGACCCACGUGGAGGCACAGAACAAGAUCCGAGCAGCCACAGACUCCCUGGCCCUCACUCUCACCAGAGCCGCCCAUCCGGCAGGGUCUGAGCUGAAGGAUAAGCUUGCUCCUGCCUCCAGCCUGCCCAAGUACUCCUUCGCCCCCAGCUCCGCGCUAAACAAGAUGGCGCGCCCGUUCGCCCCGGGCGGUAACGGUAACCACGCCCAAACAGGACCCGCCGUCAGGCCCGUCACGUACGCGCCCAAGUUUCAGCCCGUCAGCGUGCUGCAGCCCCACAACGGUGUGAAGAGCAGCUCAGCCUCUGUCCGGUCCGAUCCCAUGGUGACCCCCGCGGACAAACCUGACGGACCUCCAGCCAAACCCGAGGCCAAAAUGCCGGGCCCUGCGUCUACCCCCUCCUGCCGGCCCCCCUGGGUGACGGACCCUGGCUUCGCCGACCGGUACCGGCCGGACAAGACCAGCACGGUGAUGACCCAGCACAGCCAGCCAGCCCAGCCCACGCCGAUGCAGAACCGCAGCUCCAUCAUGCAGGCCGCCCAGCAGGGGGCACCCGAGAGCAACCGCACGCCCGUCUGCGCCGCCUGCAGCAAGAUCAUCAGGGGUCGCUACCUGGUGGCGCUAGGCCGUUCCUGGCACCCGGAGGAGUUCACCUGCUCGCAGUGCAAGGUGGUGCUGGAGGUGGGCGGCUUCUUCGAGGAAAGGGGCUCCAUCUUCUGCACCAAAUGCUACGACGGCCGCUACGCCCCCAACUGCGUCAAAUGCCGCCGGAUAAUCACCGGGGAGAUCAUGCAUGCCCUAAAGAUGACCUACCACGUCCAGUGCUUCCUCUGUGCGGCCUGUAAGACGCCCAUCAGAAACCAGGCUUUCUACAUGGAGGAGGGCGAGCCGUACUGUGAGAGGGACUACGAGAAGAUGUUUGGCACUAAAUGUCACGGCUGUGACUUCAAGAUUGAUGCGGGGGACCGUUUCCUCGAAGCGCUGGGCUACAGCUGGCACGACUCGUGCUUCGUCUGCGCGGUCUGCCAGAUGAAUUUAGAAGGGAAGACCUUUUACUCCAAGAAGGACAAACCCUUGUGCAAGGGCCACGCCUUCACCCCUCUGUGAGGUUCGGGAGAGGGGGGGGGGGGGCGGCGGAAAGCAGGGAGAGAUCGCCAAAACGGACCCAAACCGCCACCCCCCGCAGCCGCCAAAAUCUACACCCUUCACCCGCCAACUUCCCCCUCCGACCUCGCCCGCGGCGUCCGCCACUUCCUGUUUCUCGAAAGCCGGCUUCCUCCCUGACUCCCAUGGACUGAGACCGUGCGGAUUCUGCUCUGCUCUGCUCUGGCGUUCAGCAGGUGAUGAUGACGGAUGAUUAUGAUGAUGAAGGUGUUAUACUGAACUGUGCUGCUAACCUGCUUCUCACAGCAGGGGAGAGAGUCUAAAAUCCAUUGCUCUAUAGAUCUCACACACACACACACACACACACACACACACACACACACACACACACACACACUGCCGUGUCAGUUGUGGUAUGACUGUAACUGUGGAGCCCCUCCUCUCCUGCUAUAGAUUUUCAGCAGGAGUCUUGUAUGCCCAGGUUUCCCUUCACGUUCGGUUUGCCUCUCGGACACAAAAACAUUUUUAACGGAGAAAAAAUAUUGAUUAGCACUUUAGGAAACCGUCAUAAAGUGCAACAAAAAAAAAGAAGAACCUUUACAAAAGAUAAUCUUUCCAAAGUGCGACAGUAGUCGGUCAAAUCUCAGCUCAGCAUGUGGCAAAGAUUGGUGCUGCUGUAAUGGGGAACAUUUUGGGGGUGGGGGGGGGGGACCACUGUGCUAUCUGUGUGGUGGUCUGCAGGCUGUGAGGUUCGGUUAUGGGAGGCUUAUUAAAACCUACCUUUGACUACUGUUCUGUUCAUCAAAACAACCAUGGUGGUGGGAUGGUGUGGCCAUUUCAGCAGAAAAUUCCCUUGUAUCUGGGCCAACGACACUUUUAAGACUUAAUUGUAAAUGAAAUUAGUAGAAGUCCAUCUUAAGAUGAGUAAAGAGCCAUCCUAUGAUAAUAGGAUGCCGUAGUGUUCGUUGAUGUCAAGUGAAAACGAAAUCUGUUGCAGAAGCGUGAUGGUGAUUUGGGUUGACAGGCAGACUGCCGACUGUGGCUAGCUACAGGCAUUUCGCUUGCGCGUUUUGCACAGGUGGGAUAGUCCUUUAACUUAUUAAAAUAUUCCAGACUGGGGAAGAAUGGUUGUGGAGAAAAUCAAGAAGAUCAGGAUGAUGGGUAGAUUUUAGCCUUCAUUUCAGAUUUGACAGCCUCCACUGCUUAAAGUCCCACCACUGAAAAAACUGCACGUACAAACUCAAGCAAAGGUGUCUGAAGGCUCAGGUUUCUCAAUUUCUGUUUAUCAUAAAACAGGAUAAGGUAGUGCAGCACUGAUGACAACUGGUAAGAGGCUAUCGCAGGAAUCACAAGAACAGCCAAUUUGGAUGUAGGUUAAGUGCUACUGUAUGUAGUGUGUAGUGCUAUGUAGGUUACAGAAAGAGGGGCUCAAAACCAUGAAUGGUCCAUUAACAGUAUAUACAAUAAUGUGGAUCUGUAAGGUACAGCAAGGUUAAUAACAUAACUGUAAGGUAGGUCGUUUGGAAACAUGUGGAAACGGUUAAUCUUGUCGUCUCAUACUCUCCAUGGACGCGAGACGGCAAGGGCAAGUCAGACACUCACCGUUAUUAUUAAUUCCCAGGCUGUCCCCGAAACAUUUACCCAUGGAAGGAGACGGAUCGGUCAAAAAACAACAAAAAAAAAACAAAGAAGAAUACGAAAAAUAAUAAAAUAAAUUUCGAGCGCUUGUUUUUUAAAUUUAUUCCUGAGGCGAUCUCGGGGAACAAACAGCAAGUGAUCUUGGCUUGUGUUUACAGCGGGGUUUUGAACGAAGAUUGAGGAAGUAAAGCCCUGGACGUCGGCGGCAUUCACGGCCAGGAAAGGUCAGCCCGUGUUUGUGUUUGUAUGUGGUACCCGACGACCGUGUGGUGGACUUGAGUCGAAUGAAUAAUUACGUUGCCUAGGACGCGGGUCCGCGCAAGAGUCGGCAUUCAUUUGCAGUGUUGCUGGUUGGCCCAGCUCAGUCUGGGUUUGAACAGCAAAUGUAUCCAGACAAUGGGAGGCGAAAAUCAUGAACCAAGCCUGGCCCUAUGUCACACCUUAUACUCCACCAAAUAUAUUUGUAUCUCUCGCUCCGUGUUAUGCGUUUACUCCAUGUGUUGUCUCUUAUCAAGUGGCCUUUUAAACUUUAUACAUAUACAGCUUGGUACACAAGGAAACUAUUAAUUUGUACAUGCUUGGAAAUGUUUUCGUUUUUUUUUCCGUUUUUUUUAAACAAAAUAUUAAAAAUGUGAUGCGAAUGACUGAUGCGAAUUGUUCGUAUAAUGUGGUCAAUAAAAUCCUGUAUUUUAAA